AUGUCGAGUUCAACAGGCCCCACCAGGGACAAUGACAUCACUCACGACAAUGCCCCACCACCGCAGCAGCCCCCAGGAUACGCGCAACAAUCUAUACAGUCGUCCGAGGCCUCAACCUCUAGGCAUCACUUGAAUGACGCACAAACUCACAAUGUAGAGUCGCCGACCGAAGAGCUGCCUCCUCCCGCAUACAGCGAGCCCCCAGGCCAGGUCGAGAACGAAGAGCUUGGUACCAACGCCAUUGUCGCCGACGAUGGACGUGUCAACAUUCGCAUAGACCAGAAAAGCCGUGCACUUUCGCAACUCAUCCUCCCACAGAUCCAACGACAACUCACACAUGCGCAAGAAGAUCCUGAGCCUGCUCCACCCUACGUACCAGAGUUUCUUGGUGGAGCGCCAGGGCAACAACCUCCGCCCCCGCUCAACCUGGUUAUACAGGUUGUGGGUUCUCGUGGUGAUGUGCAGCCUUUCGUCGCAUUGGGUAAGGUGCUGAAAGAGACCUACGGUCACCGCGUACGGUUAGCCACACAUCCGACGUUCAAGGACUUUGUCAUCGAAAAUGGACUCGAGUUUUUCAGUAUCGGCGGAGACCCGGCGGAGCUCAUGGCCUUUAUGGUGAAGAACCCUGGUUUGAUGCCAGGUUUUGAAACACUGCGCAGUGGUGAUAUUGGCAAGAGGAGGAGAGGGAUCGCAGAGAUCCUCGUUGGAACAUGGAGAUCUUGCAUAGAGACCGGCAAUGGUCUCGGUGUGGAUCCUCUGAAACAGACAGUAGAAGAGUGGAUGGGCAUAGAGGAUCAACUGCCAGAGCAGCUUCGGAAGCCUUUUGUUGCCGAUGCAAUCAUUGCAAACCCCCCGAGCUUCGGACACAUACACUGUGCUGAGAAACUAGGCAUACCACUCCACAUGAUGUUCACCAUGCCAUGGUCGCCUACGCAACAGUUCCCACACCCACUCGCGAACAUUCAGUCCACCAACGCAGAUCCUACAAUUACGAAUUACAUGUCGUAUCUAAUGGUUGAUUUGCUGACCUGGCAAGGCUUAGGAGAUGUCAUCAACAGGUUCCGUAAAGAUAGCCUUUGCUUGGAUCCAAUCAGUGGUGUAUGGGCGCCAGCCAUGCUUGCACGACUCAGAAUCCCCUUUACAUACUGCUGGUCACCAGCACUGAUCCCAAAACCAAAAGAUUGGACUCAUCACAUCUCUAUUGCAGGCUUCUACUUUCUCAAUCUCGCUUCGAAUUACACACCGGAUCCGGAUCUGGCAGCGUUCCUGGAUGCGGGAGAGCCCCCUGUCUAUAUUGGAUUCGGCUCAAUCGUAGUGGAUGAUCCAAACGCAAUGACUAACUUGAUAUUUGAAGCUGUCAAGAUCACCGGCAAACGCGCACUAGUAUCCAAAGGCUGGGGUGGGCUUGGAGCAGACGAUAUCGGCAAGCCUGACGGUGUAUUUAUGCUUGGCAACUGCCCGCACGAUUGGCUGUUCAAACGCGUCUCGGCAGUUGUUCAUCAUGGUGGCGCCGGAACUACCGCAGCUGGUAUCGCUACUGGAAAGCCUACAGUUGUUGUGCCAUUCUUUGGAGACCAACCUUUCUGGGGAGCUAUGGUAGCCCGCGCUGGUGCUGGACCUAACCCUAUCCCGUACAAGGAACUUACCGCAGAUAAACUUGCAGGAGCUAUCAAUGAAGCCCUCAAGCCAGAAUCGCUUGAAAGGGCACAAGAACUCAGUGACAAGAUCAAACAAGAGAACGGAACACAGAGUGGCGCACAAUCUUUCCAUCAAAUGCUCAACUACGACGACAUGCGAUGCGCAAUUAUGCCGGAUAGGCCUGCGGUCUGGAGGCUGAAGCGCACGAAUGUGAGGUUGAGUGCGCAAGCAGCUACUGUACUUGCUCAACAGGGUGAAGUAAAUUUCUCCGAGAUGAAGCUCUUCCGUCCUCGCGAAUACGUUCCCGACGAAGGCCCUUGGGACCCAGUGUCUGGCGGAGCGAGCGCGAUUAUGGGAACAGCCACCUCGGUAAUGAUGGGUGUUGCUGAUAUGCCUAUUCAGACCCUCAAGCUCUUGCAUAUCCACCCUGAUGCCAAGUCGAAGAAGGGCAAGCAAAAGGCACGAGGAAAUGAAUCCUCUUCCCAAGGGGAAAGUAGCAAUAGCCCGACAGCGACAAACAGUGCCACAAAUGUCGCUGCACAUUCAGAUCGAAGCAAAGCUACAUCGCCUACGGCUGCCGAUGCCAUUGCAGAUUUGGUCCGUAUCCAAGCUGGGAACCCAGCAGUUACAACACCAGAUUCGCCUGGUACGCCUUCUCACAGAUCGACUUUCAUGUCUCAGGCACUUUCCGAAUCUACUCAACGUUCGCGUUCGGGUUCCAGAGACCGUACUUGCUCAAACUCGGCAUCUCGGUCGACGACAGCUUCAAACAUUGGACAAAAACCUGAUAUGGCAGGAAACGUUGAUUCUGCCGUAAACACCGGAAAAGGACUGGCCCGAAUUAUCAGUGCUGGCUUCAAGUCGCCCAUGGACUUUUCGCUAAACGUUGCCAAAGGAUUUCACAACGUACCCAAGCUCUACGGAGCAGAGGUGCGGCAGGUUGACAAAGUCACUGACUUUCAAAGCGGCAUGCGUACAGCUGCCAAGCAAUUUGGUUUAGGGUUUUAUGAUGGCAUCACAGGUAUGGUAACAGACCCGUACAAGGGGGCUAAGAAAGAAGGGGGUGUUGGAUUCGUCAAGGGCGUUGGCCGUGGAAUUGUGAGCUUGCCCUUCCGUAUCAUGGGUGGUGCAUGGGCGGUUCCUGGUUAUGCAAUGAAAGGGCUCUAUCAAGAAAUGGCCAAGAACAAGGGGCAAAAUGUCGAAAACUACAUUAUUGCUGCCCGAAUUGCACAGGGCUAUGAAGAAGCCGCGGUAGCUCCCCAGGAGGAGCGAGAGGAGAUUGUCAAGAGAUGGCGUAACAUGAAAGGCAGCAUCAAGAAGAAGAAGAAUGUUGGAGCCGAGAGCAUAGAUUCGCUGCAUGCGCUGGUACAACAGAAGAGAGAGAGGAAAAACGAGCGCCUAGCCAGACUCAACUCGCAUGCCAAUGCGACAGGUGGCCAGCCGUUAGUUCAGGAUAACCCGGCUCAGCAAGACAACUUGGUGAGCGUAGAUCCCGCUCCACAAGGACCUGAGGUAGAGCCGGAAAUCCGGUCUACGAUUCCCAGUUGGCGGCAACAGGAAGCGGAAAGAGUGCGCGCUCUACGACGCCAGGAAACUCCUACUACCGGAAGCAAUACAAGCGCUGCAUCUCAACCGACGCAAGCCGAACUCGAAGCGCAACUCAGGGCUGAAGAAGAGGAAGACCAACGCGAAUUGGAACGAGCAAUUACUGCCUCGGUCGCUGAAGCCUCUCGCGGCAAUCCUGAAGAAGACGAACUCAUCGCCUCAGCCAUACGCGCCUCAAUCACUGAACUUGAGCGCGCCGACGCCAGCACCCAGCAAGACGACGAGGAAGCGCUUCACCGCGCCAUGGUGGCCAGCAUGUCCGAAGCCGGGCGAACAAACGUCACAGAAGAAGAGCAAAAAGCGCUUGAAGAAACGCUCCGAAGAAGUCUUCUUGAAACGCGAACGCGCCGCCGACGUGGCAGCGGCUCGGAAUGGGAUUCAGACAACACUGAUAACACGGAGGAGGAUGAGGAAUACCAGCGCAUCAUCGCAGAGUCCAAGGAAUUAGCGCAUCUCCAUGCAAGCCACCCCGAUGACUAUGCUCAACAGCAGCAGCAGAGCAGCGCAGCCACUACGCCAACCAAGACCCCAGGCUCCGCCGCAUGGGACACACAAAGCACGCGCAUGGGCAGCGUGACAACAGGCGGGGAACCGAGUCCAGCAUCUAAUAUCCCAACCAGCGAGCAUGACAGCGGUGUACUCCGUCACGACGAAAAACACGACGACGACGACGACGACGAGCAGAUGAAGCGCGUGCUGUGGGAGAGCCAGCAAGCCGAGCGCGAGCGCGUGCAGAAUCUCGAGCGCCAGAGGACCGAGGAGGAAGUUGUCCUCGAGUAUGUGCGGAAACAGAGUUUACUGGAAGAAGAACACAGGCGCAAGAUGAUGGAGACGAGGGCAGGGGGUCCGUCGGCAUAA